GAGAAUGAAAAGAAGAUGCUCAUUCAAGAACAAGACAACUUUGAAAAAGAGAAAGAAACACAAGCAAGAAGGAAAGAAGAAGCUAUGAAAAUAGCAGAAGAAGAUGAGGAAAGGAGAAAGGCAGAGGAGGAGCGUGCUAAGAAGGAGAGUUCAUCACCAACGAAGUUGCCCCCAGUAAUGGAGGCACAGGAACCCACAGAGGAUGAGAUCAAACCUUCAGUGGCCGCAACCCAGGAAGAGACUGCACCCGAGGCAACAGAGGAGGCUGACAAACCAAGCGAAGCAACAGAGACACCUGCAGAAGGAGAGGCAGAGAAAACAACGGAAGAGACGACAGAGGAAGCACCAAAAGAGGAGGAAGCUGAGCAAGGGAAGGAGGAGGAAGGAGAGGCUCCAGCAGAGGGAGAGGCAUCCUAGAUAGAUAUACCCAACAGUUCUAAGUCACAGAAAUCAAAAUAUCAUUCAAUCAUUGACAAUGAGGCAUUUACUUAUGUAGUUAGGAUAUUAAAUUGUUUGUGAAAAAUCGUCUAAAGAAAUGAAAAAAAUAUUACUUAACUUUUGAGUUAUUUGCCAAAAUAUUUAACGAUCUGGGAUCAAAUCAAGAGCUGUAGGCGGCUUAAGACAGAUGUGUCGGAAGCACUGACUUACACAAGUUUGUAAUAACUGGCCUAACUGUGAUAUCAAAAAUUAUAAUGCAAACUGGACAGUUUCUUCAAUCGUCUGUGAAAAUUACUGACAAUAUACACACACCUCUGGAACUGUAACAAAAUCUUGGCUAGGAUGUAACUGUUAAAGUGUGAGUGGAAAUGUAGGAGUGGAAAUGUAGGAGUGGAAAAAUGUGAAUGUGAUGAUGAAAGUAAGGGAAGCAACUCUUGCAUUGUUAGCCAAGAUUACCAGUAUGCAUGUGUUUUAUUAUAUUUAUGUUGUAUAAUAAAUUGCGAAUAUGUU